AUGUUGUCUUUAGUCUAUCCCUUCUACUCUUUGCCGCUCACAUUUGAUAUAAGUAUUUUUCUGUAUUGUUACAGCGUCAAUGAGGAUGUAGGAACGAUGUGCGCGCCGGCCACUGCGGCGCUGUUGCUCGCGGCUCUAGCUGCUCUACCUUGUCGAGGAACUGAUGCCGACGUCGUCUCAAGGAUAUUGAACGAGACCAACAAUUUUCAGGAGACUGGCUCCCAACCAACGAUCAACAAACUCUAUCAAAUGUUACAUACUAACUCUGACUUACAUAAUCAAAGCGAACUUGUUGGAAACUUUAAUUACUCUAGUGUUAAUCUAACGCAUAGUUUUAACUUGUACAACAAUCUCAAGUAUUCCACACGCGAAGAUAAGAAUUAUAUUAAGUGUUGUCCAAAUAUUGAUAAAAUAGUUACUAAGAACAAUGUAAGUUUGAUAAACAAGAGUGUUGAAGUUAUCAUAAAUAAAGUAAAUCGACUUGACGACAAAAAGAAUAGGAAAAGAAGGGUUGUGAAGGUAAUACGAACGAAUGAAGAAGCAUCCACUAGUGAAACUAUAAUGUACAUGGAAGGUACCACGUUAUCCGAGUUGUCGAGUCCACCACCAUUGGUGAUGGAGAGGCGACGUAAGCCAGGAGAGACAGGAUCAAGUGCGCCGCUAUUAAAUUAUAUUUUUGACACGAUUCAUUCUUCCAACACACACCAACACAGGAAUGAAAAGGCUGGGAAUGGAAAUAGCAUUUAUGCAGCGGCUGCUCCCGAGAUAGAAGCUUUAGUGGGAUCUACAGCGCACUUAGACUGCAAGGUGGACGCUCUUCAUGAUAAACUGGUCUCAUGGGUACGACGAAAAAACGACGAGCAGCCUAUGGAACUACUGACUACUGGUACACAGCAGUAUACAGCAGAUGACAGGUACUCAGCCCGCUUCAUACCACCAGACAUUUGGAGACUGGAAGUGAGGGAAGUGCGUCCAGCAGAUGCCGCUUUUUAUGACUGCCAGCUAUCUGCCCAUCCACCUCGUACAGCGAGAGUAACACUUAGGGUACCAGAAGUAUCAGUGCGCAUCGUAGACGGCGCGGGCGCAGAAGUGUCUGAGCAAGUGUGCGAGCUUGGCAGUACAGUCGCGCUGAGGUGUGAAGUAAACGGACUGAGAAUGGAAGGCGGUCCUUCACUACUUUGGUAUCGGAAGGACGACCUUCUUAAUGAUGACACCACGAGAGGAGGAAUAAGUGUCCGAACCGAGUUCGGCUCUAACGGGGCGAAUUCAGUGCUACGAGUGGCGCGGGUACGUGGCGAUGACGCCGGCCGAUACACCUGCGCAGUCGCACGAGCAACGACUCCAUCCCCGCCGCCUGCGCAUGUUACAUUACAUGUUAUAAAAGGUGAAAGCCUAGCGGAGUUACAUCAGGGCAGUACACCAACAUCCACCUGCAUAACGUGGGUACUAACACUGGCGCUAUGCGUCCUUUUACAAGCGUAA